CCGCCAUGCGAAUGGCCGCGGGCCUGGGCAUCUCAGUUGAUCCAUUACCCGCUUCUUGACAUAUGGCCUCUCUCCGCCCCUCGAUAUGUCGGCGAAUCUGCGUAGUCAGACCUGCCCCACUCUCCAGGCUCCAUCUUGUAUUCCCCAGCCUCUGUCGCUCAUGGGGUGUUCAAUGAUCAAAUAUGCCUCAAUCGUGUCAAAUGACCGGCAAUUUGCAUACUGCUGCGUAUCGGAUUGCGCUGCCACUGGAUUCGUGACAAACCGGAACACGAUGACUCUGUUGAUCGAGUCCUCCCGAGCCACCCCAUUGGACUCCGUUGUGACGAAUAGGGGAGAUGGCUUGCCUCGCAGAUCGGACAGUCAUGUUCCAGUCCCUAGUUUUGCUACAACCCUUUGGCGUGUGGAAUUGAACCAGAUGAGUAUGAUAUCUUUGUGGACUCUUUCGGCUGUUCCAGCGAAAAGUCAAAGCUGUUCCUGUUUCUCCAACCAGGUUUUCAGCCGAUUGCCGAAGUUCAAGCCAUUCCGGUACAUCCAUUUACUAUAUUGCUUCGGCGACAGCGAUGGACUGAAAUGAAGGGCAGUCAGAUGGGUGACACAACGGUUCGACAAGUCAACUGGCCAGGUGCGUAGAUUGUAUUUGCGGCAAAUCUCAAUCGGGCUUUUUGCAGCUCUCCACGGUUUAGUAAGCUUCCAGGUUUGGCAAUUGUCAACCUCUUGCCAAACUAAUCGAAGCCGAGCACGAGGCAGCCGGGUGGCUAUUUUGUCUUCCCUCUGACAAAGCCGUGUCACUGCUUACGUAUGUAAGGA